UUUGUUUUGCUGAACUAAACCAAAAAUAUAGGGAUGGACAGUGUCUAGUGUCUAGACGAGCUGAGACUGCAUAGUUCUCUGAACACUCAUCCAUCUAGUUUACACCAUUCCGAAGUGUUUCAACUCUCAAAGUUUUCAACUGGGUGAAGAGAAAGAAGAAAUGUCAGACUAUCUCCCACACGAAGUGGAGCGUGACAUCCUACUCAGUCUACCCGUCAAAUCCCUAAUCCGAUUCAGGUGCGUUUCAAAAUCAUGUAACUCUCUAAUCACAAGCUCUGACUUCAUCGAUUCACACCUCACUCGAUCACAUUCACUUCCCUCCAACUCCAAUUCCAACAACACACUAAUUGUUAGGGACUUCGCUUCUAAACCCAAUGUACAUCAGUACAGAUUAUUUCACAAUGACUCAUUUGAUCGAACUGAACAUCUUGAGUUCCCACUAACGACUCGUCGUCGUAGUCGUAUUCACAAAUGUAUGUUUAUCGGUUAUGUGAAUGGUUUGUUCUGCCUUUAUGAGAAAGAGCGCUUUAUCCUUUGUAAUCCCUCUAUUAGAAAAUGUAUUAUCCUACCUAAGCAUUGCAUUAAGAUCAAGACGGACGGUAAUGUUCAAUGUCAUUCAGCAUUCGGGUUUGAUUCACGGACCAAUGAUUAUAAGGUGGUGAUAAUUGUACUUCCAGAUAAUCCGUAUUAUAUGAAAAAGAAGCCAACUCUGGUUGAGGUUUACUCUCUUAGUGAGGGUUCUUGGAAAAUGAUUGAUGCUAGCACCUCUUUUCCGCCUAAUAUUCGUUUUAAUGGAUAUAAAUGUCCGGCAGCUUCUUUAAAUGGGGCUAUCCAUUUCACAGUACAGGUUAUGCCGAAUUCUAAUGAAUCAGCUUUUUUGUCGUUUGAUUUGAGGGAUGAGGUUUUUCAUGUGAUAUCGUUGCCAGAUAGUAUAGCCACACAUGGAUGGAUUAAUGCUUCAGUAUUUAGGGGAUCACUUUCCCUAAUAUGCGAAAGGCAUACACCCAGCAAAUGUUCUAUUUGGGUGAUGAAAGAGUAUGGAGUCGUUGAUUCUUGGACUGAACAGUUUACUUUUGAUCACAGUGGAGGAUAUUUAUCAGUAAUCGGUCUCCGGAAGAAUGGUCAUGUAUUAAUGAAGGAUAUAGAGUCUAUACUACCAGAGGGCAUGUUCCACUUCUUCAAAAAAGAAAAUAUGGAGUUAGAUUUAUUACCUUCUUACAUGCUCUCUUCGUAUGACCCUGACAGCCAACAAUUUAAGAAUUUGGGGAGUGUUGGGAAGGCAUUACAAUGUGUUGAUAAUUAUACUGAGAACCUUGUCUUACUCCGCAAACCAAAUGAUGCAGUUUCAAGAGAGGGAGUAAGCAGGAAGAGGAAAUGCAGGUAAUAACACUACAUAGAAAAGAAGGAUUCAGUGGCGAAAUGUAGCAGCCAUUGUUCUUAAUGUCUAGAGCUUUUUUUUUUUUCCCCUAUUCUAAGCUCUGUCUAAAGCCUGUUUGGAUUGGAUAAUUUUAAAUUUUAGACUAAAAUGUAAAUUACACUCUAAGUUUAGGAUAAUCUUGUUUUUAACCCUAAAUUUUAUAAUUUUAGACCUUUUUCCUUGAGUGUUUGAUAUACACGCAGAUAUGUUCAUUCAA